CAGUCCAUUUUCGUCGAGUCCAGUCGAGUCGAGUCCAGUCCACUCCAGUCCAGUCCAGUCCAGUCCAGUCCAGCCCAGUCCAGUAAAUUGCAGUCCAGUGCAGUCCAGUUCAGUCCAGUCCAGUCCAGUCCAGUCCAGUCAAGUCCACUGCAGUCCAGUCCAGUCCGGUGCAGUCCAGUCCAGUCCAGUCCAGUCCAGUCCAGUCCAGUCUGGUCCCGGCGACCCCAGUCCAGUCUAGUCCAAUAUAAUCCAGUCCGGUACAGUCCAGUCCAGUCCAGUCGAGUCCAUGUUUGUCCAGUCCACUCCAUUCCAAUUUAUUCCAGUCCAGUCCAGUGCAGUUCAGCCAAGUCCAAUCCAAUCCAGACCAGUCCGGUCCAGUCCAGUCCAGUCCCGUCCAACCCUGUCCCGUCCAGUCCAGUCCAGUCCAGUCCAGCACACCACGUCGAAUCCAGUCCAGUCAAAUCCAAUCCAGGCCAGUCCAGUCCAGCCCAGUCCAACCCUCUCCAGUCCAGUACAGUCCAGUCCAAUCCAUUGCAGUCCAGUAAAGUGCUUUCCAGUGCAGUCCAUUUCAGUCCAGUCCAGUGCAGUCCAGUCCAACCCUGUCCAGUCCAGUCCAGUCCAGUCCCAUCCAUUGCAGUCCAGUCCACUCCAAUCCAGUACAGUCCAGUCCAGUCCAGUCACGUUCAGUCCAGUCCAGUCCACUCGAGUCCAGUCCAGACCACACCAGUCCAGUCCAGUCCAGUCGAGUUCAGUCCAGUCCAGGGCUAUCCAGUCAACUCCAUUGCGGUACAGUCCAAUCCAGUCCAAUCCGGACCAUUCCAGGGUAACCUAGUCCAAUCCAGUCCAGUUAAGUCCAUUCAAGUCCAGUCCCGGCGAGUUCAGUCCGGUAUAGUCCAGUCCAAUCCGGUCCAGUACAGUACAUUCAAGUCCAGUCCAGUCCAGUCCAUUGCAGUACACUGUACUCCAGUCCAGUCCAGUCCACUCCAGUCCAGUCCAUCCAGUCCAGUGCAGUCCACUACAGUCAAGUCCACUCCAGUCCAGUCCAGUCCAGUCCAGUCCAGUCCAGUCGAUUCCGGUCCAGUCCAGUCCAAUCCAGUCCAAUCCAAUCCAUUCCAGUUUAACCUAGUCCAAUCCAGUCCCGGCCAGUUCAGUCCAUUCCAGUCCAAUCCGGUCCAGUACAGUCCAGUCCCGUCCAGUCGAGUCCAGGUUUGUCCAAACCAGCCGAUUCGAUUUUAUUCCAGUCCAGUCCCGUACAGACCAGCCAAGUCGAAUCCAGUCCAUUCCAGUCUAAUAAAGUCCAGUUCAGCCCAGUCCAGUCCAGUCCAGUCCAGUCCAUUUCAGUCCAAUGGAGUGCAGUCCGGUCCAGUUCAGUUUAGUGCCAUGAAGUCCAGUUCAGUCCAGUCCAAUCCAGUCAAGUCCAGUCCAUUCCAGUGA